UGUAAUAUCCAAACGAAUAUAUUAGGCACUCACUCUUGACCGUGGAAAAUGAGUUUAAUAGCGUAAAUGUACCUAAUUAAACUCUACCUAUUGAAGCAGGAAAUCAAAUAAUCAAAGAACCAGAAAGAACACGAAGCUGAACAUGAAACAACUGGAAAAAAGCUGGUUCUCGUGGCGGCUAACCGGUCUGACGGUGCUAGUGAUGUUCAUAGCCAUGGUAGAGCCGGUUACAUCACAGGCCAGUGAUAGAAAUAGCACCCUGAUGAGAUAUUUUUGUAGUUUAUUUGAUAGUAGGAACUCAAACUAUUUCUUGAGCAACCUCAACACUACCCUUUCUAGUCUCCAUCAGCAGUUAACGGUCAACCGCGUAAACUAUGCUGUUGGGCGCACUCUGCUCAAUGGCGAGUCCGUGUGGGGCCUUGCUUCAUGUCGGGGUUACGUCUCGAAUGCCGAUUGUGUUGCUUGUUACAACUAUGCUGUGUCUCAGUUAAGAGUUUGUGGGCUUAGCAAUGGAGGUCAAGCUUUUUAUACUGACUGCGAUGUCAGGUAUGGGAAUAAUAAUUUUUAUGCUGAGACUAAUAUCCGGGCUGGUUUGGUAAGCUGUGGCAAUACAACAUCACCUCAGCCAGAAAACUUUAGGAAUGCAGCAGAAGCUUUGAUGUCAGACCUUCGAACCGCUGCACCAAGAACAUCAAAUUAUUAUGUCGCUUCAACAAGACGGGUAACUAAUGGUAACCGUACUGUAUACGCCAUUGCACAAUGUUAUCUAAACUUAAGCCAGAGUGCUUGUCAAGAGUGCUUAAAUUUCCGAUAUAGUUCUUUAGAUGCUUGCCUUCCUGGCACAAAUGGGAGGGCUGUUGACAAUGGAUGUUUUAUGAGGUAUUCCAGCACUCCAUUUUUCCGAAUAAACCAGACUACUGAUAUCACACCUUUCCUUGGAGAUGAUAAUUCAAGUAAGAAGUGGUACAUAAUUGGGGGAGUUGUUGGAGGUGUAUGUUUGUUGUUACUGGUACUUACAUUUUUCUUGUGGAAAUUUCGAUCCAAAAAUACAAGUAGUCGUCCACAAGAUAAAUCAACUGGAUCAACUGACUUGCUUCAAGGUCCAGCAAAAUACAGCUAUGAUGAUAUAAAAAUAGCCACAAAUAGUUUCAGUGAUGAGCACAGUCUUGGAGGAGGGGUGUUUGGUGAAGUAUAUAAGGCCACUCUCAAAGAUGGGAAUACGGUUGCAAUUAAGAAAACAAUCAUGGCCUCUAGUAGAGGAAAGACACACUUUGAUGACGAACUUAAGAUUAUAUGCAACGUUCACCACAGGCAUCUUAUACGCAUUCUUGGAUAUUGUAACAAAGGGCCAUCUUUAUUUCCGGUCCAUGAGUACAUGGACAAUGGUAGCCUUGAUCAGUUCCUCUAUGGUGACAAAUCAAUGAACCUAAAUUGGAGACAAAGGUUUGAAAUAAUCUAUGGGACAGCGCGAGGUCUUGCAUAUCUACAUGAGCAAUACCACGUUACCAUCAUUCAUAGGGAUAUCAAAACCAGGAACAUUUUACUUGAUAAUGAAUUUCAGCCUAAAAUUGCGGAAUUUGGGUUGUUACGCCUGCUCGCAGAAGAUAAGACUCAUCAUAGCACCAAAUUGGCAGAAUCCAUGGAUAGCUGUUACGUUGCACCAGAAUACGCCAUACAUGGGCAGUUAUCUGUGAAAGUAGACACAUACAGCUUUGGUAUCGUGGUCCUUGAAAUUAUUAGUGGAAAGAGGUGUCACAAUGUUAAAGGUGACGAAUCAGUUGGCCAAAGCCUCCUUGAUCAUGCUUGGGAUCUAUAUGAUAGCAACACACAUUCGAUCCUUGUGGAUGAAAGACUAGAUCCUAGUGAAUAUGCAAUAGAAGAUGUAAAGAAGAUCAUAGAGAUAGCAUUGAUGUGUACUCAGUCACCAGUUUCUGCAAGGCCUGCAAUGUCUGAAGUGGUUUCGCUAUUAAGUGACAAAUCACUAUACGAAAUGCCCGUAAGGUCUACCUUUCAUGAAGAGGACAUCAAAAUUAAAGUUGAUACAUUGGCGUCGGUAUCCUCCAAUGCCACGAACUCCAGCAUUCAGCUCACUGGUCGUUAAAAUUUCAGUUAUAUCACAUGAUUCACAUCACAUGUCAUGAAUGAAUAAUAAGAUCGCCCGGUAGCAUAUUAUCUCUUUAGAAUUCUUCUCAUAGAUUUAUAUUAUUUAUGAAAUGUUUUAUCUUUUUCUUUUUUGACAAAUAUAAUAAACCUGUAUAGAUGUCUGUUAUAAAAAC